CUGUUUCAAGAUGAACUCUUUUCUCUCUUCCCUUUUUUUUCUUCUUCUCUCUCUAAAAAGGAAACGCGCCCUUUAUUCUGUAAAUUCCCUCUCUGUCUCUCUCUCUCUCACUCCAUGAAAAAAAGUUAAAAAAGUCCACACCCCAUUACGCGCCAUCUCUCUCCCUCUCAAGCGCGCGCGCACACACACGCACACACACGACGACCAAGAAACGCCCCCUUCGUUCUCUCUCCUCUUCCUCCUACCCCUUUUAAAAUGCCCUCCUCUUCCCUCGUUGUUCACUACCACCACCAUCCUUUCCCCUGCUCCCCUUACGAACCGGAUCUAGCUCCUCCCCGUCUUCUCUCUCGAUCUCUCCCCCUUAAUCCGGUAGUCCUUUCCUUUUCUUUCCAUUCUUCUUGUUAAUAGUACUUUUUAGGGUGUUGGGGAGUCGUCUUCUCCUUUGUUUGUGAUCUCGUGGGGGAGAGAAGAGAGAAGAGGAGGAACCAGAAGGAGGAGGAGGAUGGCGGGAGUGCCGGCGACACCGUUGCUGAAGGAUGAGUUGGACAUCGUGAUUCCGACGAUCCGGAACCUUGAUUUCUUGGAGAUGUGGAGGCCCUUCUUCCAACCUUACCACCUCAUCAUUGUCCAGGAUGGGGACCCCUCCAAGGUGAUCAAGGUCCCCGAGGGCUUCGAUUACGAGCUCUACAACCGCAACGACAUCAACCGCAUCCUUGGCCCCAGGUCCUCCUGCAUCUCCUUCAAGGACUCUGCUUGCCGUUGCUUCGGCUACAUGGUCUCCAAGAAGAAGUACAUCUACACCAUCGACGAUGACUGCUUCGUUGCUAAAGAUCCAUCUGGUAAAGACAUCAACGCAUUGGAGCAGCACAUAAAGAACCUCCUGAGCCCAUCCACUCCUUUCUUCUUCAACACUUUAUAUGACCCAUACCGUGAUGGUGCUGAUUUUGUUCGUGGGUACCCUUUCAGCCUACGUGAAGGUGUUCCUACAGCUGUCUCUCAUGGUCUCUGGCUCAAUAUUCCAGACUAUGAUGCUCCAACCCAACUUGUUAAGCCUCUUGAAAGGAACACCAGAUAUGUUGACGCUAUAAUGACAGUCCCUAAGGGUACACUGUUCCCUAUGUGUGGAAUGAAUCUGGCAUUUAACCGUGAUCUUAUUGGUCCAGCCAUGUACUUUGGCUUGAUGGGUGAUGGACAACCAAUUGGUCGCUACGAUGACAUGUGGGCAGGCUGGUGCACCAAGGUUAUCUGUGAUCAUCUGGGUGUUGGGGUAAAGACUGGGUUGCCCUACAUCUGGCACAGCAAAGCCAGCAACCCCUUCGUUAACUUGAAGAAAGAGUACAAGGGCAUCUUCUGGCAAGAGGAGAUCAUUCCCUUCUUCCAGGCUGCCACCCUUCCAAAGGACUGCACCACCGUCCAGAAGUGCUACAUUGAGCUAUCGAAGCAGGUGAAGGAAAAGCUUGGGAAAGUUGAUCCCUACUUCUUGAAGCUGGCUGAUGCCAUGGUCACAUGGAUCGAAGCCUGGGACGAGCUCAACCCAUCAGGAAAAUCCGAGGCCGAGGUUGUUGCCAAUGGGCCUGCAAAGAAGUAGAUCCCUAACAUACCAUAGUCGAAAUUCAGCUUUAAUUUCAUGAAAACUUUUUGCUCGAUUAUCGUUUAUAUUUAGGUAUUCUAUUUAUCAGCGAGGUUUAUCUGUAUUUUUUCUGAGCUUAUUUGCAGGCUUAAAUUUAUUUUUGCAGAUGGAAUGAAUUAAUGUAAUCUUUUUAUUCUCCUGCAUUGGAGGGCACUCUUGUAGUGAGCUUAUAUUAUAUAUGGUCUUUCCUCAUGAAA